AUGUCCCUGACAAACGCGACUCCGUACGAGGCCGCGAGAGCCGCGAGACUCUCGUCCCGCAAGCUUGCUGUUCUCCCUGCACAGGCCCGCAAUGAGGCACUACAGGCUGUUCAUUCCGCUCUAUCUGACGCGAAGGACGAGAUUCUCGCUGCUAACAAGCGAGAUCUUGCGGCAGCCACUAAAGCAGCUGAGGGCGGCCAACUAAGCCAGAGCUUGGUCAAAAGGCUCGAUUUGACUAAGAAGGGCAAAUAUGAGGACAUGCUCCAGGGCAUACUGGACGUGGUAAACCUCGAAGAUCCAAUCGGUAAGGUCGACGUACGUACGUUACUCGACGAUGGCCUAAUCCUCGAGCGGAAAUCUUCUCCUAUCGGUGUCCUCCUGAUCAUCUUUGAAGCGCGCCCUGAAGUCAUUGCAAACAUCGCCUCGCUCGCAAUCAAGUCCGCCAACGCCGCCAUCCUCAAGGGCGGCAAGGAGUCCACCGAGUCAUUCAAAGCCAUCUCGACGGUAAUUUCCAAGGCACUGGCAUCAACCGCCGUGCCGAACGAUUGCCUGCAGCUCGUGACCACUCGAGACGCAAUAGAGCCGCUUCUGCAGCUCGACCAGUACAUCGACCUCGUCAUCCCGCGUGGCGGCAACGAGCUCGUCCGCAAGGUCAAGCAAAGCACCACCAUUCCCGUACUUGGCCACGCAGAUGGCCUCUGCACGAUCUACCUCCGAGCGGACUACCCUGUGGAUAUGGCAACAAAGCUCCUAGUCGACGCAAAGACCAGCUAUCCCGCCGCCUGCAACAGCGUAGAAACGCUGCUAGUCGACGAAGACGCGCUCACAACCGUCCUGCCCGCAGCAGCCGGAGCCCUUCUCUCGAAAGGCGUCUCCCUCCGCUGCGACACCCAAAGCAAAGCCGCGCUAUCGUCAAGCCUGGACAAGCACCACGCCGUGCUCCUCCAAGACGCCACAGAGGCAGACUUCAAGACCGAGUUCCUCGACCUUGUCCUGGCCAUCAAAACCGUCCCCAAAACAGCGAACCCGGAAACGUCAGCCGACCUCGCAGUUGCGCACAUCAAUGAGUACUCCUCCCACCAUACCGAUGCAAUCCUGACUGCGUCCAAAGAGAUCGCCGAGCGCUUCCAGGAAGGCGUGGACAGCGCCUCCGUCUUCUGGAACACCAGCACCAGGAUGGCUGAUGGGCAGCGGUUUGGUUUCGGCACGGAGGUGGGUAUUAGUACGAACAAGAUUCACGCGCGGGGGCCUGUGGGGCUCGAGGGUUUGACGAUCUAUCGGUGGAGGUUGAGUGGGAGUGGGCAGGCGUCUACGGAUUAUGGUGCGGGUGGGAAGAAGUGGAAGCAUGAGAAGAUGCCCGUUGGAGAGGAGGAAAGGAUCGCGAGGACGGAGGAGGAGUGGGAGAUGUUGAAGAAGUUCCGGGCGCAGAGAGCAUAA